AUGUCCUUCUACUGGUCAAUCAUGGACUCGUUAUCACUUAUACAGCACAUGCCGCCAACACCACCAGACGAGCGUGUCGCCACCCCUCCACCAGCGCUCGCCACCAUGUCGAGCGUGACACCUUAUCUGCCCACCAUGCCUUCCUCGUACCCCCUCCCGUCCGCACUCCGCACCCGCCAUCGUUCAGCUGAUGCACCCCUCCUCGCCUUCCAGCUCCCCGGCCAGCCCCCGCCCCCGCGUAGCAACAAGCGCAAGCCGAGCGACGAGCCAGACGACGCGCCCAAGCCGAAGCGCGAGACACACCGCAACAACGAGCGCCGCUUCAAGAUGCCACUCAAAGCCUUGUUCGCCGAGGCUAGUGGCCACAAGGACAAGGCCAUGGCUAACCGCCUCGGCUCCCGCCUGAAAUGGGGCUCGUAUGACGGCUUCACGGGUGCACAGCGCUCGGGACGCAGUGUCAUCUCCCAUAUGGAGUACCGCCGAGGGAAGAUCGAGGGCGUGUUGGAUGAGGUCGAGGAAGAGUGGGAUGCCGACGUGGUGGACGACGGCUUAGGGGAUAUGGCCGAGAGCGAGGAGCAGUGGGUAGAGCCUCCAAUAAGCAGCCACGACGACCGCGGUGCAAUCCUCGCCGAGUGUCGCGCAGUGUUUGUCGACUAUACCGCCUCGAUUCAGAACUACGAAGACACGCACGAUGCUCGGAUUCUGCGGCUUCGGAGAAGCAACAAGCUCGAAAGCUCUAGUCUCGAGGUACCGCAACGCCUUCUCCCGCACAACAUCGUGGCGGAGUGGACAGCGUCAAUCCUCCCGGACCUACUCGCCCCGACUCCACAGCCCGCCGAGGCCAAGGUCGACGAGUCGGACGUCAAUGUGUCACUGCCGCUCUCGCACGAGGCCGAGCCCGACCCUCAGCGAUUCUCCACUCCGCCCCCAUCUCCGAGGCCUCGGUUACAACCCGCCACCCCGCCACCCGCCGCCGACGAGUUCCGUACCAUGGGCCUCAACGCCAGUCCCGGCCAGCGCUCGAUCCACUUCCGCCGCACCGAGGUCGACCAACACGCGGCGCGACUCCGCGGGCUCCUCGGCUCCCUCACAGACAUGGAGCUGUUCGACCAACUUAACCGCAAGGCGACGAGGGACACGCAGAACAGGGAGCAGAGGGCGGCUCGGAUGUUUGCCAACUGUCUCGUGAAGCCCGAGCCUGGCGAGGAACGGACUCCACUCGCUGAGUUGGACCCCUCCUCCAUUCCCCCGUCAAUCAAAACAUGUGUUUCAAAAGGAGUUGGGAUCCUUAAUCGUACCGGAGCGUGGUCGUUCCUAAAGUCGCUAGACGAGCGGCGGUCAGCAAGUACCGGCGGCGAUGCGGGAUCGAUGGUGGCGACGACACGUCCGAAGCGUAUUCGAACCGACGGGCUCCUCCUCCGAUUUAAGGACAUCGAUGGUGUCGAGGAACAACGCCUCAGUGCGCUAGGCAGACCUCCUUCGACCGAAAUGUCUGGAUUCCAAUGCUCUGUAGAGGAACUCGAAUCGGUACUGCAGGCGCCGAUAACGCUUGACGACACCGAGGACGACUCCACGUCAGCAAUCCCCUCCCUUGGCCCACACUCUCAAGUUGGUGGGGUCAGCCACGACCCAACCGAACACCGCGAUAUGAGUCAAGAUGAGACAGGUCAUACAGAGGAGAGCGUGUCUCCCGCGGGGAGUAACGACAUCACGUAA